UAGUCAGUUGAAACUCGUUGCCGCGUAAAUAUUUCAGCUGGUUAUUUCCUGGUUGAAAAAAAAAUAAUAAUUAAAAUAAAAAUGGGUAAAAUUGUAUUGUAUGGUUUAGAAGCCAGUCCACCAGUCCGUGGUGUAUUAUUGACACUGAACGCAUUGGAUUUACCAUAUGAAUUUAUAGAUGUCGAUUUGUUUGCUAAAGCCAAUAAAUCGGAGGAAUUUCUGAAAAUUAAUCCAGCCGGUACAGUACCGGCUUUAUUGGAUGAUGGUCAGGCGAUUUUGGAUUCACAUGCUAUUAUCGCAUACUUAGCAAGCAAAUAUGGCAAAGAUGAUUCACUCUAUCCUAAAGAUCUGGUGAAACGCUCGGUUGUCGAUCACCGCUUAUACUUUGAGGCCAGUAUGGCCUUUGAGCGUGCCCUACGCGGAACAACAAAACCUAUUAUCUUCGAUAAUGAAACUAAUGUGCCACAGCAAAAAAUCGACAAUGUGGCGGAAGUUUAUGGUAUAGUGAACAAAUUCCUACAGGAUCAUCCUUAUGUUGCCGGCGACAACUUGACCAUUGCAGAUUUAUCACUGAUAUCAUCGAUUUCCUCAUUGCAAGCUUAUUUAGAUAGCGAUGCCACUAAGUAUCCCAAUUUGGUUGCAUGGAUUAAGCGUUUGGAGCAGUUACCUCACUAUGAGAAAGCGAACGGCAACGGAGCUAAGCAGUUAAUCGAAUUGAUUAAGUCGAAGAAUAUAACCAUCGUACCUUAAUCUGGAAUAUAUAUACAUACAUAAGUAUGUGUGUUCUUUAAUCGGUUUUGCUUUGUAAAAGUGUUUUCAAUACUACAAUUAUAUGUAUAUGCAAAUAAAUAUUUAAUAGAAAACUAAAAAAUA